CCCCUGCACCCCCUUAGCCCCGGAAUGGACCUGUCUGGGUACCCGUCGGAGCACCCCCAGCUCCACUACCAUGCUGAUUGCUCCCAGGACAUGCUAUCCUUGGUGGGAUCUUCAACAGGCCAGGAGCUGAAGACAGAGCCUGAGACGAGGCCAGACCAGGAGGAGAGAUGCCCUGUGUGUGGAGACAGAGUGUCGGGAUACCAUUACGGCCUGCUCACUUGUGAGAGCUGCAAGGGCUUCUUCAAGCGUUCCGUGCAGAAUAACAAGCACUACACCUGUGCAGAGAGACAGAGUUGCCCUAUGAACCCCUCCCAGAGGAAGCGCUGCCCCUACUGCCGCUUGCAGAAGUGCCUGGCUGUGGGCAUGAAGAGAGAAGCUGUAAGGGCAGACCGUAUGAGAGGAGGCAGGAACAAGUUUGGCCCUCUGUAUCGACGGGACAGGCAGAUGAAACAGCAGAGAGUUCACCACCAUCCAAACACUGCCCCUUGCAGGAUCAAACUGGAAGGUACACAGACACACCUGGUGGGUGCGGGUGUACACACACCUUCCGCUCCAAGUGAACAGGAUCACUGUGUGAUUGGUCAUCACAGGAUGACCAAUCACACAUCCUUCCCACUUACGUCUGACCCCUUCUACCAAUCCCAGAGCUAUGCCCCUACCAUGGUCCAAUCAGAUCUCCCCAUGAUUUUGGACUGUACCAUGAGCAGAGAAAGGGCCCUGGCUCCUCCUUCUCUGUCCUACCCCGGACUCUACCACCGGCCCUAUUAUGGCUACCACCAGCAGAAAGGGGAGAUGCCAGUCUCUGCAGCCCCUCCAACAUCUCCCGCACCGAACAAUUCCCUGACACCCCUCACCACACCGACAACGACCCCGAGUUCAACACCGAGCUCCACGCCGUGUUCGACCCCUGCUCCAACUUCAACUCCCACCCCUACUGCGACCCUCAGCACCGCCUCUAGCCUUCUCCUCCGGCUGCUAGACGGGGAGCCAGAUGAGGCCCAGUUGUGUGCCAAGGUCCUGGCCAGCCUGCAGAGAGAACAAGCCAGCCGAGGGAAGCACGACUGCCUCAACACCUUCAGUAUCAUGUGCAAAAUGGCCGACCAGACUCUCUUUGGUCUGGUGGAGUGGGCCCGCAACAGCCCUCUCUUUAAGGAGCUUAAGGUGGAGGACCAGAUGGUUUUGCUGCAGAGUUGCUGGAGUGAACUGCUAGUACUGGACCACAUGUGUAGACAAGUGACCUACAGCAGAGAGGGCUGCAUCUACCUGGUCACUAGACAACAGAUUGAGGUAUCGACGGUUCUCUCUCAGGCUGGGGCUACUCUGAGCAGUUUGGUGUCCAGGACUCAGGACCUGGUGUUUAAACUCAAGGCACUCCAACUGGAUAGACAGGAGUUUGUGUGUCUCAAAUACCUGGUGCUCUUCAACCCUGAUGUGAAGUCUGUGCAGGAGCGCAGGCAGGUGGAGCAGACCCAGGAGAGGGUGAACCGGGCCCUGAUGGAGCACACCCUGCACGCCCACCCCGGACACUCAGACAAGUUUGGCCAGCUUCUCCUCCGGCUCCCCGAGGUGCGGAGCAUCAGCCUGCAGGUGGAGGAGUACCUUUACCAGCGCCACCUGCUGGGCGAUCUGCCUUGCAACUCCCUGCUGACAGAGAUGCUGCACGCCAAGCACAGCUGAGGGGGCGGUUCUUUUCGUCCUCUGCCUCCGCCUCCAGAGACUUCCUCUUUACUCCGUUUCCCCCCUCCAGCCUUCCCUACGCCGGAUGAUGAAACAUGACCUUGGAGUAGUCCUUCAAUGCUGCAUUUUAGCUCGGUUGACAGUAUUAACUGAUGGCCCCAAUUUCAGUGAUCCAUUUUGCGAUUGUAUUUUCAGUCGCAACCAAAACAAAUAUGCUACUGAUGUUUGAGACAACUUGGUGAAUCCGACCACUGCCAUAAUCUGCAUCAUCUCCCAUCCUUCCCGCCAUACAUUUAUAUAAGAGAGUCAUUUUCUCAAAGCUGCACACAUAUAUUAAGACACAGCUAUUUGAAAUGAAGCAGGAUUGCAUGUGUGAUCAUUGA